UCAGAUUUUUCAAUAUAAUUUUUUUUAAUGUAACGUGGACUGUUUUAUAAGAUGUAAGAUGUAUGUAAAUUAGUUUAUUAUACUUUUGUAGUAGUCUAUAUUUUAUCUGUGAAAUGUUUAUGAGACGAGAACAUUUCAAGGAACACAAGAAUUGGACUGAUCAAACAAUUUCUGGAAAUUUUAUAAGAACCAUGGAUCCAGCGGUCAGUUCGAAAGACGACGCGCUGCGGAACGGACCUCGAACCAUGUGACCGAACUUUUCGACAUCGUAAAGGCGAAUUAACCCCCAGCUUCGCAGCAUGGGGAUCCUCCAAUAUUGUGUUUUUGUUGUGCUUAUAGUGGCGCUUGUGUUAAAGGAAUUUAAUUGUGUUCCGCACGGAUCUAACGCCAAACAUCAAUCCAGGGACCAUAAUUCGGAUUUUAACAGGGGCAAGAUUUGUAUCGGUACUAAUGGGCGCAUGUCGGUACCUUCCAACCGAGAUCACCACUACAGAAACUUGAAGGACCGCUACACAAACUGCACAUAUGUGGACGGAAACCUGGAACUCACCUGGUUGCAGGAUGAAAAUUUGGAUCUGAGCUUUUUGCAGUACAUCCGCGAAGUAACCGGUUACGUGCUCAUCUCCCAUGUGGACAUCAAGCGGAUCGUGUUGCCGCGUUUGCAAAUCAUCCGUGGACGGACCUUGUUCAGAAUGAACACUCGCGGGGAAGAUUUCUCAUUGAUUAUAACCCUGUCAAAAAUGUUCACGAUUGAGCUUCCCUCCCUCCGUGACAUCUUAAAUGGAAACGUGGGCGUAUUUAACAACUACAAUCUUUGUCACGUGAAGACCAUCGACUGGAAUGAAAUAAUAACAGGAAACAACGCUAAUUAUAGCUAUACUUACUCCUUCAGUUCCCCCGAAAGAAACUGCCCCGCUUGCCACGAAAGCUGCGAAAGAGGCUGUUGGGGCGAGGGUGAGGAGAACUGUCAGAAGUUCUCGAAGGUGACCUGCAGCCCGCAGUGCUACAAAGGAAGAUGCUACGGAUCGAAUCCACGAGAAUGUUGCCAUUUAUUCUGUGCCGGUGGCUGUACCGGACCGAAACAAAGCGACUGCAUAGCGUGCAAGAAUUUUUACGAUGACGGUGUUUGCACACAAGAGUGUCCCCCCAUGCAAAUGUACAAUCCAACUACGUACUCCUGGCAACCGAAUCCCAAAGGUAAAUAUGCUUAUGGAGCCACGUGUGUGAAAAAUUGCCCGGAACAUUUGCUAAAGGACAGUGGGGCUUGUGUCAGGACGUGUCCACCCAAUAAAAAAGCUGAAAAUGGUGAAUGCAUUCCAUGUGACGGACCUUGCCCAAAGACUUGUCCCGGAAAUGUUGUCGUAGACUCUGGAAACAUUGAUAAAUUUAAAGGUUGCACCAUUAUUGAAGGAUACAUUAGCAUUUUGGAAAUCACCUUCAAAGGAUAUCAGGACAUCUACCCCAAUUUCACUUUCGGUGAACGGCACGAAAAGAUGCAUCCAGAUAGGCUGGAAGUGUUCAGUUCUUUGAAAGAAAUUACCGGGUACCUUGAUAUAGAGGGUUACGACAAAGAUUUCAAAAACCUUUCCUACUUUAGAAAUCUCGAAGUUAUUGGCGGCCGAACUCUAUUUGAAUACUUGUCAUCUUUGUACAUCGUGAAGACUUCUUUAGAGUCGUUGGAAUUAAAGUCACUUAAGAAAAUCAAUACGGGAACCAUUAGCAUAUUAGAAAACAAACACUUGUGCUUUGCGGACACUAUUAAAUGGGACAAAAUCAAGAAAAAGGACCAUCCACUUCUUUUGGCUAAUAAUAGUGACCCUCUAACGUGUCAAAACAGAGGACUAGUGUGCGAUGAACAGUGUAGCAAAGACGGAUGUUGGGGACCUGGACCAGAUCAAUGUCUCUCUUGUGCAAACUUUAAAUAUGGCAACAGAUGCAUCCAGAAUUGCACCGUAAUACCAGGAAUAUACCGUGCAGACAACAAGGAAUGCAAACCGUGUCAUGAACAAUGUGGUUCAUAUUGUACUGGUCCCGGCCGAGAACACUGUGAUGCCUGCAAAAACUUCAGAGAUGGCCCAUAUUGCGUAGAAAGUUGCCCUACUAACAAAUACAACAACAGUGGUAUAUGUGAACAAUGUCCCUCUAUUUGUAUUGAUGGAUGCACUGGUCCCAAUCCUACUGUUGGUUUGGGAGGAUGUCGUUCUUGUCACCUUGCAGUUCUGAAUCUCAAUGGAACAGUCAACAAUUGUCUUUACAAGAAUGAUUCUUGUCCUGAUGGAUACUAUAUGGAACUGGUGACCUCCCAGACUCAAGAACAUUUGAUACCACUAAUGGGAAAGAACAUAUGCAGAAAGUGUCAUCCAAGGUGCAAAAAAUGUACAAGUUAUGGCUUCCAUACGUCUGUAUGCCAACAAUGCACCCUGUACAAGAAAGGAGAACAGUGUGAGGAUGAGUGUACGCCAGACUUUUACCCCGACGAUAAACGUCGGGAGUGUAUGCCAUGUGACAGUGAAUGCCGAGGAUGCACCGGACCAGGACCGGAAAACUGCAUAUCUUGCCAAAACCUUAAGCUGUACGACGACCAAAGUGAUACCAACAGCAGUUCCUUUAAAUGUAUUUCUACUUGCCCGCCGGAAUUUCCUCACAGACAUUUCCCUGAAAACGCCGAACCGUUUUGUUCAGAAAUCAACGUAUCUGCAUCGCCAGUAAUUGCUAAGAGGAACGAUAUUUGGUAUAUAGUAAUAGGAAUAAUUGUGUCAGUGUUUUGUAUUGCAACAUGUGUAGCAUGUUUCUGGGUAUACAUAGUAAAGCAAAGGGAAACUGAAAGCACCAUGAAAAUGACUAUGGCAUUAACUGGCUUGGAUGAUAAUGAACCCUUACGACCAAGCAACGUGGCACCAAACGUUGCUAAAUUGAGAAUUAUAAAAGAAACCGAAAUAAGGAAAGGCAAUAUUCUCGGGUUGGGUGCUUUCGGUACUGUCUACAAAGGAGUGUGGAUUUUAGAAAAUGAAAAUGCUAAAAUUCCUGUUGCUAUUAAAGUACUUAGAGAAGACACUGGAGCUAACACAAGCAAGGAGUUCUUGGGAGAAGCUUAUAUAAUGGCUAGCGUUGAUCAUCCUAAUUUACUACAACUUCUAGCAGUAUGUAUGACGUCACAAAUGAUGCUGAUCACGCAACUCAUGCCUUUGGGUUGUUUGCUUGAUUUUGUCAGAAAAAAUAAAGAUAAAAUUACCUCUAAAGCAUUACUUACUUGGUCUACACAAAUUGCGAGGGGUAUGGCAUAUUUAGAAGAAAAACGUCUGGUUCACAGAGACUUAGCUGCUAGAAAUGUUUUAGUGCAAUCACCGGCUUGUGUAAAGAUUACAGAUUUUGGUUUGGCCAAACUUCUCGACAUUAACGAAGAAGAAUAUAAGGCUGCAGGUGGAAAAAUGCCCAUCAAAUGGUUAGCUUUGGAAUGCAUUCAGCACAGGAUAUUUACUCACAAAUCUGACGUGUGGGCUUUCGGAGUCACUAUUUGGGAGUUGCUUACCUUUGGAGGACGUCCUUACGAAAAUGUACUUGCCAGAGACGUGCCUGAAUUACUUGAAAAAGGCGAACGAUUACCCCAACCAUCCAUAGCGAGCAUUGAUGUUUAUAUGAUAAUGAUAAAAUGUUGGAUGCUCGAUGCCGAAAGUAGGCCAUGCUUCAAAGAACUUGAAGAUGAUUUUUCUAAAAUGUCAAGAGACCCAGGAAGAUAUUUAGCUAUUCCAGGAGACAAAUACAUGAGACAUCAUUUUCCUACAAAGCCUGACAAAGAUAUUAAAAAUUUGGCAGUCAAUCUGGAUACAUCCGAGUCCAUGUCUGAAGGAGACGAAUAUCUCCAGUCAAAGUCAAGGGUCCCAAUUCAACAGUCCGGAAUGUCAUCAACUUCUUCAAUGAGUAUUCAGCCCAAUUCUGGUAGAUGUUGGCCACAUGACACCUCUGAUCCUAGCAGAUCUUGGCCCCCCAUAAUAAAUGACACAUCUGAUGGAAGUGCUUCGCAAUAUCAGAAUCAUAUCAACAACAAACUUCUAAGAUUCUCACAAGGUCCUGGAUACGAUCCAAGACUCAUGUAUCCACCUCAAUCAGAUGGGUCCAGUUUCCGUUACUGCGGAGAUUCCUUAAAAAUGAGAGACAGAACUGGAUCUGACGAAUACGAUUCAGGACGUUCCCAGGCCCAAGUUGGUACUUUAAAAUUGGAACUCCCCGUAGAUGAAGAUGAUUAUUUGAUGCCAUCUCCACAACAAACCCAAACCACUUCGACUUACGUUGAUCUUAUAGAAACAAAUAAACCCGACAAUGUUAAUACAGCAAUAUUAUUUAAUAAUAUGGGUGCAGAUUUUUAUAAAACGAAUAUAGAUAAUCCGGAAUAUCUGAUGAACAGUGAAACACCGAAUCAAACAGUUGGUCUUCCUACCGUUUCCGAAUAUAUAAACGCUUCCAGAAAAAACCCUCAAAGAAGCUCAGAGGAGGAGUCAGAUCAUGAAUACUACAAUGAAAUGCAACCUUUGCAAAGUAGUAAAGAGGGUGCAAUUGUAUAAGUGAAACAGAAGUACUUUGCAAAAAGUGUAAUUGGUCAAUUAAACAAUUGUUAAUUUUAAAUGAGAAGGAAUGAAUGAAUACGUGGUCGAAAGUAUAUAAUAGAUCUGUAAGGUUAUACAAUUCGCCGAUACAAUAACUUAAAAAGUGGACUGAAUUUGUAAUCCUAUGUACAAAUAUUACAAAAUGGCCUGUGUACUUUCAGUGUAGAGACAAGGCUGUGCCAGUUAUUCUUUUGUUAUGCUACUUAAUUAAUCUAAGUUUACUGAUGGCAUCUCAAAACUAUGACAAUAACUAAGUGCCAUCCAUAUGAAUGGCCUACUUUUGAGGAAACAUAUAUUUUGUACAUAUAUACAUAUAUAGUUUUAGUUUGUAAUAAUUUGGGUAAGUUGUAAAGGUUAUGCCUCGUUAUCUUGCCCAUUCUAUCUGUGAUAAAAGUAAUGUACAUAUAAAUAUUGUAAAACAAGUUUGAAUUAUAAGGAAGAUCAUUAUAUUAUAGUAUAGUUGUGUCAAAAAAUCUCAAUUGUAUGUAAUUUUUAUUUAUAUAGAAUAUAGUUCACAUGAACUUCUGUUUCUUUUUAAUGCACUUAAGCUGUGCCAUUUUGUUGUGAGUGCCUUUGUAAUUUAUCAUCCUUAUAAAGAUUUAUAAAUUUUUAAUAAAACAUGACAAUAAA